AUGGGCCUCACCAGGAAGAAAACCACCUACAUCAACAUUACGCCGAUACCGAGCUUCAUACCCCGACAGCUCGCGAUAGACAUGCUACACAGCCAUGGGGAGAUAAUCGAACUGAACCCGCUCGUGUUGAGCUUCGAAGCCGUCAAAGCGCCCCGUGAUGCGCCCGCUGACGAGUUCUAUGCGACGUGGUACGAAAUUACGGAGCGCAUCCAGUAUAUUCCAGGUAUCGGCAAGCUUGGCUCUGGCAUUAUCAAAUUCAAGGGAUGCUUUCACGACAUGCCAUGGGGUUUGCAGACACAUACCUAUGCGCCUGCGAAUGUAGAUGUGCGGAACAAAUGGCAGAUAUGUGGUACUCAACCAGGCGAACCGCCUGAGACUCAAGAGUUGGGUAUUGGGGCACCGGCGGAGGGCUUGUACCUGCGCGAAGAUAUCGAGAUCAAAUGCAACAUGACCAUGACCAGUUUCGUGAAGAAGGAGAUGAAGGCCGCUUCGAAGGUGCUGGUGGACAGGAUGCUUAAGAAAGCCGAGCUGUUGGACUCUGGAGCUAUAUCAGCAAUGAUGGAGAACGGAAAGCUCAAGACUAUCAAUCCUGCAGACCGCUCGAGCGUUGCUAAACUCGCUGCAUCACCAGACUCGCCAAACCAGCAACCAUAUAAAUUGCCCAACUCACCUAUGCGAUCACCGGCUUUUCCGGCGACACAAAUGUACCAUCCGUCAAAGCACACAGGGGAGCAGGGCGCUGUGAUGGAGCUACCGGGCGACUUCUACCACCCGCAACCAUCGCCAAACCAUCUGAAUCCGCAAGAUAGGCGUUAUUCGAUUGCUUCGGAAUUAUCUAGCAACGAGCAGAAUGCUCCAGACAGCCGAUGGUCCUACCAGAGCGCCAGUACGAGGCCAAGCUCUUACAACUCGAGUGGCGGUAUGCGCUCACCCGGACUCGAGUACAACAAAGAAUACUUGGCCGAGCUUCCGACCAUGAAUGAAGCGCACGAAGAACAUGCAGAGCGGAGGGAGCUCCAAGAAGUUCCGUGGCCGAGUAAAGAGCAACACCAGUAUCGGUACAAUCCUCAGGAUUUCGCGCGCAUGCAACAACAAUACACGCAACCUCCACAAUACUCCGCCUACGAUACGCGACGGCCGAGCGGGGCUUGA